AAAUUUAAAAUGGUUUUUGAUCCAGUUACUAGUCAACAGAGAAAACAAUUUUUUAGACAAGGAUAUGGAGCUCAUGUACCUGGAUACACAGGACACUGUCCUACCCUGAAAUUUCGAGUAGGAAAACGAUUCGGCGCUAGCACCGAAGAAAUAAUCAAGAUGAUAAAAAAUAACGAGGAAGGCCGUAAAAAGAGACAUGAAUUACUGGAAAAAAAAAUUCUAAAAUCUGGACCAUACAGACCUAAUUCUGGUAAAGAUAUAUUACUGCCAAUAUCAAGAGAACAUGAUACACGAAAAAACUGUAAAAAUAGUAAUAAUAACAACUAUCAAACAUCUCCAUUUAUAUUGGGUUAUACGGGUUAUAUUCCUGGAUUUAAUAACAAAUAUGGUCUUCCAUUUAUGCGCGCUGUUGAAGAAGGUGGAAAAGAGUGGCGUACUUUACAAAAUAAAUUACGUAUUCGUCGUGACACUAUGCGUGCUCAAAUAGAAAGAACAAAUCCACGUAAUUUAUUGUCAAGAGCCAGAACCGACAAUGUUGAUAUUGAAAUUGACCAUGGAUUUGAUCUAGAUAAAUCUUUUUUUGACAAUCAAGUAUCACCAGAUAAACCACCAAUCGUAGGAUACACUGGACACAUUCCUGGAGCUAAAAGUGAAAUAUCUUUAUCAAGAAGAUACGCACAAGCUGCUAAAAAAGGUCUAGAAUCACUACGAAAACAACAAAAAAGUCGACUUGACUCGAUUAAUGAUUCUGAAAUUAUUAAAAAAGUUUUAGAUACAACGUAUCUUGAUGAUACUGGUCAUACUAAGGUUUAA